AUGUCCUCCCGAACCCAAAAUGACUCAGUUAUUGAUGAUGACGACGAGUCGUGUCCCCUCUGCAUUGAAGAGUUUGACCUGUCAGAUAAGAACUUCAAACCAUGCCCCUGUGGAUAUCAGAUCUGCCAGUUUUGCUACAAUAACAUAAAAACACACAGCGAGGAAGGGCGAUGUCCAAACUGCAGACGCGUAUAUGACGAGAGUACAAUCCAAUACAGAGUUCCAGAUGCCGACGAGUUUAAAGCGGACUUGGCGUUAAAACAUCGCAAAGCCGCCGCUGCCAAAAAGCGGGAGGCCGAAAAGCGAGAAAUUGAAGCGUCCAGUCGAAGAAAUCUCGCUGGCGUUCGGGUUGUACAAAAGAACCUGGUUUAUGUCAUUGGCCUAAACCCCACGAUACGAGAUGAAAAUCAACUUCUACAAACUUUGCGUGGAGACCAAUAUUUUGGACAGUAUGGGGAUAUUGAAAAGAUUGUUGUGAGCAAGGCCAAACCAGGUGGCAAUCCAAACCAGGGCAUCGGUGUUUACGUAACCUUCGCUCGCAAAGCUGAUGCCACAACGUGCAUUGCCGCUGUGGAUGGAUCUCCUAAUGGCGACCGCGUCUUACGGGCCCAAUAUGGUACAACGAAAUAUUGCUCGUCAUUUCUUCGCAACGAGCAAUGCAACAACCGCAACUGUACAUUUCUUCACGAAACGGGUGAAGAUAACGAUACCUUCAGUCGCCAAGAUCUAUCCUCCAUGAACACCAUGUCAUCACAACGUGUCCACCCAAGCGGUCCAAGUGGGCCUCCUCCUUCAACCCAGUCUCCAUACACCUAUCACGCUCAACCUGUCAGAUCAGCCACACAUCCCAUCCAAAUUCCGGCCGGGCCCCAACCAAUGCGGCGACAAAACAGUAAAGACGAGCCAGGGAAUCGAACCAACAUUGACUCUUCCGCUUUGCCGUCGUCUGCUAGUUGGGCUAACAGGGAUUCCCAUGUGCAACGUGCACGACGGCCAAGCGUGGCUGCUAGCCAAUCAACCCCCAGUCCCAAGGUUGCGAGUGCAGUUGUCAACAAGAUUGAGGAUUUAAAGCGAACUGCUGACAGCGCCCCAGCGCCCUGUCAAGAUUCUGCUAGAGAGCAGACCCCAACUCCGGCAGAAGCCUCAAGCUCAUCUACCCGCGCUGCUCGAACAGUGUCCCCUCCGUCGCCGUCUGCCCCCAGUGAAACUACCAUGCUGGACGACCUUGUGAAAGCAGUCAAUAACCCGGAUUUCCGUUUCAUAUUUUCGUCUGCGGGGCUGACAUCUGAGGAAAUCGCGUACAUCGAGAAUCAUCCUUCUCUUAUCGAUCCAUAUGGCGGAAUUAAGCGCCGUGCGAUGCGGGAGAAAGCUGAACAUGAACGAGCAAGCCAGGAAUCUGAGAACCAAAUGAUAGUUCAUUCUGCUACGAACGAAGAGGAGAACCUUGAGGGUGGCAGUUCACAACUAGGAGGCGAGCCUGAAGAAAUUCAUUCCACUAGUGCCUCGGGACGAAGUAAUAGGGAGCCUCUUAGUGCAAUUCAACCACCAUCUCAGCAGACGACAUCCGUAAAUUCUGCGAUUGGAUCUCCCGUUUCCUCUGGCCACCAGUUUCACGGAAUAAAUGUGGCCGGUCGAAGCCUAACUCCCCUCCAGCAACAACAACUUCUGUUACUCAAGAAUGCAGGUGGGCAACAUAUGGGGUUAAUGGAUCAAGUACACACUGGAUCGGGCUCCAAUGCAUUUGAGCAUAAUGUCCAAGUACGCGCAGGCCUAUUUCAAAAUCAGAUGCCACAGAUGGCUGGUUUACAGGGUCAUGUUAGACAAUCAUCACGAUUCUCCUUUGUGAAUGAUGCCAACGCAAAAAACGCAGCCAACCAAAGACUCGUCAAUCAGCAGACGUCUACCAUGCAGGCUACUACCCCAAAUCCCCUUAAUGCACCAACUAGCCAACAUGGUUUGGGAAAUCAUUACUUUGUUAGUGGGGUUCAAGGCCCCCCUCCAGGUUUGAAAACCGCAGGCACUCCUCCAAUCAGUGGUGGGGGCAUGUUCGCUCAAGGACACGGUUUCACUAGCGCAAUGAAUAGCAGUCUCAGUCUUGGAGCCAAGCAAGAUUCCAACCCUGACCUUAUGCGUGAGCUUAUGCGUGGUCGAAGCGGCACUAGUGGUGGUGGUGGCAUUCAGGCGCACGAGGCUGCUAAGAGUGAGUUCAUGUUCCCCUUUAUUCAAAUGCACAACACACCCCCUCCCUUGGCUCCCGUAUCUGGCCUUCUCAGCUCUCUCUAUGGUCAUCAUGCUGGGUCCCACCAAGACUCCGGGCCACAGAAGCAGAGGAAGAGGGGGAAGAAGCACAGACACGCUAACACUUCCUCCGGUGGAGGCGGUGUAGUAGAUCUUGCGGACCCGAGUAUUUUGCAGGCUAGAAUGCACCAAAGUGCUGCUAGUGCUACCCCUGGGCAGGGACUGUACGGGAGCCAGGGUCAAGAUGAAGAUUUCCCGCCUCUCGGUCCUCCAACAAAGCCUCUAGAUAAGCGGCCUUUUGAAGGAUUUCGCAUCGCAUCAGGAUCACGCGCUUCCCAUGGGUCGCUCGAUUCGCCCUUCAGGUCUGGUACCCCUGUACUACCACCCGGCCUUCCUUUGCCCCAUGGGCAUCCUGUCGCAUCUUUUGGCCAAGAUUACAGCCCAUCCAACUCGACCCCAUCAAGUCCCAAACAAGUAAUCAUUCCACCACGAACUGGAUUUUCAACACCCAUCCAGAAAUUUAAAGAUGUCCAUACUUCCGCGCAACCCUCACCGCACAGGCAACCUUCACCUGUCAUCCCCUCCAUACCCUCACUGACACGCGCUGCAGCUGAAAUAUCCUCUGGUUCUCCAAAGCCUAAAUCUACAGCACGUAACCGUCGACCGAGUGACACUCUAACAGUCAAGGAGACAACUCAGGAUCUCAACUCUGAAAAAGCCCCGGCAAUUACUAAUAAAAGUGGCAAACAACCUCGUGAGCCUCGCAGCAAGCCCGUGCCAUUGAUGCUGAAGCUAUCAAUGCCAACUCCCCGGGACAAUAUUCCCUCUCGAACCACUACACCCAAUCACAGCGUAUCCUCCAUACCCGCAUUACCAAACGUUGCCUCGCGCCCCAAUACCCCCUUGACGGGCGUUUCACGGGCGUCUGAUUCUCCUAUUCCUCGGCAAGCACGGGUAUUGCGUGUUGUUGACACAUCGAAAUCCGAAACACAUACUUCAGCUACCGCACCUACACAUUCAGCCGCUUCCAACUCGUCGGCGAAACAGCGAUCUAGGCGACCCAGUGUUUCAUCCACCAGCCUCCCAGGCACGCCAAAUAACGCUGACUCUGAAUACGAUUUUCAUACUUCUGCGUCAUUGUCGAGGGCAAGCUCACCACCGCCAAGUCGCAUUGGUUCCGCACCAGUUCGUACUGUAACAAAAAGUCAAUUGAAAAAGGAACGGAAACUCAAGUCUAAGAACGCAGAAGUUAAAAAGGAUGAAGCAAUCCCGUCUUCGGCUGUCACCGAAGAACCUGUUCAAGCACCGAUUAUCGGCAGGAAACGCAAGGCAAAGAAGGCCCAGACACCUGCCACUGAACAACUUUCUACAGCAAAUGAAACAGAUCAAGAGCCCGCCCAAGCGGCCAAGGCAUCGAAAUCCAAGGGGCAGAAUAAGCCAGAGAUGUCGACACAGACCAACGGACCAGAUAAAGUUACCAAGGAAUCUGCCACCAAGGAAAAGCCCACCACCGCUAGUCUGGCUGCAGCGGAUAAGGAAAAUGUCGAACCAUGGAGAUCAAACAAUACGACUGGGCAGCUUAUGGCAGACUCAGAAGCUAGCGGUGUGCCUAUUAAAGAUCUUUUUUUGGAAAGAACGUCACCACUUCCAGUGUUACUUGCGCAACUGCAUCAAUCUGGCGAUCUUGAUCUAAAUACACACCCAAUCUUCAACCCACCGAACCUCAACCAACGGUCUGAUCUAAAGUGCACUGCUGAUGACUACGACAUUUUGAAAAAACCUAUCCACUUGGCUGAAGAGCAUAGAACCAAGCUACUCCAGGGUGAACCAAUUCACAUUAAUGAGGAUUCCGAUCUACUGAAGUAUCGUUGCUUAGUCACACCAACCGGGUGCGUCCUCCGCCAUCUUUCCGUGGAGGAAGAAAACCGCUAUCUGGAACUUGAGAAGAGCCUCACAGCAGCCUGGGAGUCGCUGCAGGAAUAUCCAGCUUUAACGGUCACCGAGCCCGACAUGACCAACCGCGGUGGAGGCUUGGAUGCUCUCUUUGCAACUCCCGAAAAAUUCAACAUCCGCUGGAUCGACGGCGCGCCGGAGAAUGGACUGUUAUCCGGCUCUGCGAAAACUUCCGCCAUCUCUUCUAUGCCCUCCCCUCCUCCCUUUACUCCCAACGGUUACUCUGCGGCAUCUGCAGCAGAUGCCAAUGAGCCCGCUCGUGCUGCUGGUGCUGCUGCUCCUGCUUCUGCUGGAGCUGCUGGAGCUACGCCUCGCUCAUCUACCGUACCUAAAUCGACAACUAGUGGAAGUCACCUUGGCGUUGGUCUUGAAGAGCUGAUGAGCAUGUCUGAUGAGGAGCUGCGGAAUAUGAUUGAGGAAGCACAGCGGGAGUUGGAGAGUUCGCGGAAGGAGGUAGAUAUGGUUGACAAAAAGGUUUUGACACUUGUGAAACGGAAUAAGAAGCUGGUGCAGCAAGCUCUGUCUGCUGCGAUAGAGUUUGUGGGGUCAGCGUCUGAUAUUGUCUUGUGA